AUGACGCCUCCACCCGAUGCACUCGACCGCUCCAGACACAGUGUUAUGCGAGUGAACCCCCAGCGGGCCACGAUAGAGCGUAAAAGCAGGAAGGCUCUUUCAUGUGACCCCUGCCGGCAGAGGAAAGUGAAGUGUGAUCGGUCUUCCCCAUGUAGCCAAUGUAUCCGUCAGAAAACACAGGAAUUGUGUCACUAUACCACCGGGGCCCGCAAGCGAACAGCACGAACCGCCUCUGGUAAAUCCUCUUCGCGCCCGGAUCAGAGCCCACCCCUGCAACCUCACAGGGCCUCUUCACCUCAGUUUAUGGGCUCUGGCGUUGAAGAAAUCUGUGCCUCAGACCAUGGCGGACGUGCUGACAACGCGCCAUGCAGCCCGCACAGCCACUUUGCUAGCCAACUAGGUAUAGAUCCCGCCGUUCAAACAUUAGGCCAGUCAUCAUUCCCCGGCUCGGGGGCGGCAACUCGGUUUUUUGGACGAAGUCAUUGGGCGUUGACCGUCGACAUGUUUCCCGACUUGAGAGAGCAUCUUCGCAAGUAUCAUGAGGCCAAGCGCAGUACUGCUCAGUCUGAAUUUUCUGAUUACAUGUCGAUGCGCCAAUCAAAGCAGUUGAUGAGACAGGAUCCUGGGUACCGCAUCCAGAUCCAACCAAGCCUACAUCCACCGCAUUUGAAGACCCUCAUUCCAAAUCGUCAAUUGGCAGACCACCUUGUCAGUUUAUAUUUCUCGUCGUUUGAAACUACCUUUCGCAUUCUGCAUUUUGUCCAGUUUCGCGCGGAAUACGACACAUUCUUUUCCUGCCAUGGAGAAGAGGACACGUUGACCGAUUGGUUGAAUGAGAUAUUUUCAGCAAAGCUAUUGGCUUUGAUGGCAUGUGCCAGCUGCUUUGCCAGUAGGGAAUCUGGAGACAAGACUGGUGAUUCUUAUGUACCACUUCGGACAGCCAAAGAGUGGAUUCAAGCUGUGGUAUCCUGGCUGAAACUGUUAACUAAUCGCGCAAGGCUAAGUUGGGACAUUCUGCAAAUCGAAUGUUUACUGCUACUUGCUCAACAGGCUAUUGGACACGAAGGUGAUUUCAGUUGGCCUGCCGCGGGUUCUGUUGUCCGAAAUGCUAUCUUGAUCGGGCUUCAUCGAGACCCAUCUCAUUACAGGACGAUUUCCCCUUACUGGAAAGAAAUGCGCCGCAGACUUUGGGCAACAAUCGUGGAACUAGAUUUGCAAGCAGCGCUCAGUUUAGGCGCUCCUGUCUCAAUAUCUCAGAACGAAUAUGACUGCCAACCGCCAUCCAAUCUAGAGGACGAGGAUCUCAAAUUCGAUGCCACAACUUUGCCGCCACCGCAGCCACGCGACAACCUGACAAGAACUUCUUUUCUGGCCAUUCUCUCCGAGACAUUUAAUGUUCGCUUGCAUAUUUCUCGAUUAAUUAAUAGCGUUCGCCUGAUGGCCAGCUAUGAAGAGAUUUUGAAACUGAGUGAUACUCUCACUGAUCAUAUUUCAAACCUCCCUCAAGCAAUUACCGAAACUAUGGCUGAAGGUACAGCCGACGAUUCACGCUUUUGCAAAAAUGUCCUUCUUUUUUUGAUAUACCGAUUCCUUCUUGCGCUGCAUCGACCCUAUUUUCUCAGCAUUGGUGAAAGUGGCAGCAAGACUUUCAACUACUCGCAGAAGAUUUGUGUACAAGCAAGUCUUGCCAUGAUGUCCCCACUUGCAAUUUUCCUCCAAAGUUCUCAGGCCAAGGAGCAACCUAUGGGUGGCAAUUGUUACCUGCAAUUAAAGGGAGGCAUGUUCCGCGACGAGCUAUUUCAUGCAGCUGCGACCUUAUGUUUUGAAAUUCGACUACAAUCAAAAGACAACUUGCUGAUUCCAUAUUUGGGCUCCGGUCUUGGAAUGAACGCUUUCUCUGGACAAAAUAACACAGACGGCCUUUUUGAAACGGUCGAAAAUUGCAUGAAAUAUUUUGAAUUAAAAGUAAGAACGGAGAAACAGGCAUCCAAGUCAUUCAUGCUUCUUCAUAUGUUCUAUGCGCAUGCAAAACAUGCGUCGUUACACCCAACACAUCGAUCCCGACGCGGUGGCGAAAUUGAUCAUGAGUACUACACACUGGAAAUGGCUUGCCCGCGAGCUUCAAAACGCUGCCGGGAGUUGCUACUCGACGGCGUCCUGGAACCAUUUUUUUCUACAAGCACAGGCGGAGUCAGACAGUCCAGUUCAACACUCGCGAACAAUGCCUCCCAAACUGCAGGAUCUUUCGUGUCUAUGCAACAACAACCACAGCCUCAUCUGACCCCUACUCCUUCCAAUCAAGGCAUGACGUCUUUCCCACCGGAGGAACUGGGUCCGGAGUUCUAUGAUAUGGGUAUGGACUGGGACUCAAUUGCUGAUCCAUUCAAUUUCUUUGAAAGUGGAGAUUUCUGGCCAGUGGAUGACCCCUUGAUGUAG